UUUAUCUUAGCAACGAUAAUUUAGUAAAUUACAAAUACAUAUUUUGUCGGAUUCAUUUUGAGUACGUACCGACUACCGGUCUCAAACUUCCGGCGUCAGUCAAAUUAAAAGCCUAUUUCUUCUCCGGUGAAAAAAAUAAUGUAAUUGGCGCUAUUUCACUUAAUAAAUAUAUUAUGUCGUCAUAUUAUAAUUAGCGCGUCAUAUGUAAUACUCUUCUCGUAACUGGACAUUUCUCGACGUCUCGUCGGCUUUAGCUAGCGAUACGUUACGAGGCUGUUUCUGCUGAGCAAGCGCAAAGAUGGCGGAAGACGAGAAGAGUGGCGAGCCUGUGAAAGAGAACAGCGAGCUGCAAGUUAUGAAGGAGCUCGUGGAUGAACUGUAUAACUUCAGAGAUUGCUAUCUUGAGGCUCAUAGUGUGGAGGAAGCCGGGAGGAAACAAAGCGAUGUCGCGCAGGAGAUCAAAAAGACCCUGAAGAAGCUGAAGGAGAAAGAAAAUCAUUUUAAACACAAAGCAGAGUUUCUGCUGCAGAAGGGCAGGUGUCUGAAUGUAGCUCCGGACUUCAGUCCCGUUGCAGAAGAGUGCCUUUCCCGGGCUGUGAAGCUGGAGCCUGGUCUGGUUGAAGGUUGGAACACAUUGGGGGAGCAGUACUGGAAGAAAGGAGACCUGAUGGGUGCCAAGAACUGCUUCACCGGAGCCUUGCAACAGAGCAAAAACAAGGUGUCUCUACGCAACCUGUCCAUGGUGCUGAGGCAGUCUCCGGCGGCAGACAGCGACAAACAUACCAAGCAGGUGAUGGUCAGUGUGGACAUGGCCCGGCAGGCUGUCCAGCUGGACGUCACAGACGGGACGUCCUGGUACAUCCUGGGAAAUGCCUACGUGUCCCUGUUCUUCACCUGCGGACAGAAUCCCCAGUUGUCUCAACAAGCUCUUAGCGCCUACACCCAAUCUGAGAAAGUAGACAAAGCGGCUUCUUCUUACCCGGAGCUGCAUUUCAACCGCGCCACACUGUUCCAGUACGAGGAGAUGUUCGGGUCUGCGCUCGGCGGCUACAGCCGAGCCACGGCGCUCGACCCGGGCUGGGCGGAGCCUCCGGACAGAGAGAAGCAGCUGCUUGUGUAUCUGGAGAAAGUCACAGAGCUCAUACAGAACAAGGGGAAGGUGAAGGCGCGCAGGUUAAGGACGAUGCUCUCCAACCUCAGCACGUCGGCGUUGGGGCCCUGCUCCUCCCCUCAGUUUCGUUCCCAGACGGGCCGCGUUGGCAGCCUGGAGCCUCGAACACUUUCCGCCCUCACGCACGGUCACAACGCCGGGACGGCGGCCCUUGGCAAGGUGGUGUUCAGCCUGGCCUCCGAGGGGCGCAUGGCCUUUACAUUUGGCAUGGUCGACAGCGAGGAGUCGUGUAUCGUGGUGAUGGUGUACAACACAGCGGACAGCUGGGGCGUCCUCAUCGGAGACACUGUGGUCAUUCCUGAGCCUCAGGUCAAGCGGAACAGCAUAACUCAUAAAGACGAGUCGUUUGACUUCAGGAGCAUACGAGUGGACUCCCCUCUGCUGCUCAUCGUCAACGGCAAGAAACAAAAUGUCCUAAGUCAGAUCGCUGCCUCCGUCAGCUACAAGCCGCAGAGCGAAUGAGCCGAACGCAGAACCGGAAGUUCAGCGAGAGGACCGAUGUUUUCGUUCCGAGUUUGGAUAAGUGUAUGCCUGGUUUAUGUGUUGUUUUGUAAAUAGAUGGUUUACCCUGUUACUUUGUCUUUAGAGGGACAUUUUGUUCAUAUUUAAAAAUAUUUCUUUUUUUAUAUUCUGUUGUAUGCAGACACAGUUCUUUUUUUUUGUAAAUGAUUUAACCUGUGGUGAGGAUAAUUCUAUGUCAAAAAUGUGAUUUAAGUUUACCCUGAACAAAAAUCCUUUUUAUCUGAAACGCAUUGUUUGUGUGGUGUCUUUUAAAACGGACGUUUUUUAAACCAUUGGGACACGAGGUCCCCGCAAAUGUUGUUUUAAAGGGAAAUUGUUUUCUUUUUGUUCCAGUAGACGUUUUUUACUUUUCAUAUUGGAAAAAGUGUUCCUAAAACAAUUUUAAUAGGCUAAUAAUAUGAUUUAUACCGGUGUUGUUCCUACCGUGAAAUGUCUUCCGUGACCAGAGAUAUCGAUACGUUCUGGCUCACUACAUAAGUUUUAACAUUUGUACAAAAGAAACUUAUUUUUGCAGUCCGGGUUGGCCAUCUGCAGUCUGGACCUCAGUGGGUCUCUUCUACCUUCAAUCAACAACCAAACAUUUGCUCGGGUUGAACCCAAAUUGUCUAAAUAGUUGACCCAUUGUGUAUAACACCUACUGCUAUUAAUUCAGUAGCAUGUGCUGCAUCAGUCAAUUGAAUGUAUGAUUGUUUUUUACUAAAAAAGUAAAUAAAUGAUAUGGUAAAUUAGA